AGCUUCGCCUCCUCUCCGCAUCUGAGCGCGGAGCGGAGCAGCAGCAGGACUUCCUGUCGAUCUGCUUCAGCUGACUGCAGCCUGGCUUCCUCUCCCGGAGCUUCUGGUUCUGCACACCGGGGAGGAGGAAGGCUUAGCGGCGGGGGGGGACUUUUAGCCGGAGCGCCGGAAGCGGCAGCCAUAGAUGCGGAUUAUUUACACCGGAGGGUCAGCCCGUUUCCUCUGCCUCUGCCGAGCCGCAGAUCUCCUCCGCGGAGCGGGGCUGAUGGCCGUGGAGCUCCCGCCGGCCUGCAUCCUCACUGUCAGCCGUUAGACGAUCACCGACUAAAAGCUUGGCCUCUCCGGCUCCCGUAGUCCCGCAGGAAGGACCGAGGCGCAGCAGCAUCGCUCCGUGCGUGGUGCUGCGGGGCUGAGUGGAUGCGCAGACGGAGCGGACCCAGACAUGGCUGUCCUCAAACUGGCCGAGCAGCCUCCUCUCAUCCAGGCGAUCUUCAGCAGAGACCCUGAAGAGAUCCGAAUGCUCAUUUACAAAUCCGAGGACAUCAAUGCGUUGGAUUCUGAGAAACGCACCCCGCUGCAUGCAGCGGCAUUCCUGGGCGAUGCUGAGAUCAUCGAACUCCUCAUCCUCUCUGGGGCCAGAGUCAACGCCAAAGACAACAUGUGGCUGACCCCUCUGCACCGCGCCGUGGCUUCCCGCAGCGAGGACGCCGUGCGGGUUCUGAUCCGCCACUCUGCGGACGUCAACGCGCGGGACAAGAACUGGCAGACGCCGCUGCACGUCGCCGCCGCCAACAACGCCCUACGAUGCGCCGAGGUCAUCAUUCCUCUGCUGAGCAGCGUGAACGUGUCGGACCGCGGCGGGCGAACCGCGCUGCACCACGCUGCCCUGAACGGCCACACUGAGAUGGUGAACCUUCUGCUCGAUAAAGGAGCCAACAUCAACGCCUUCGACAAGAAGGACGGCCGCGCGCUGCACUGGGCGGCUUUCAUGGGUCAUUUGGAGGUAGUGUGCCAGCUGCAGGGUAAGGGAGCGGAGGUCAGCUGCAAGGAUAAACGAGGAUACACGCCUCUCCACACCGCCGCCUCCAGCGGACAGCUGGCCGUGGUCAAACACCUCCUCACCCUGCCUGUAGAGAUAGAUGAGGCCAACGCGUUCGGGAACACGGCGCUGCACGUGGCCUGCUUCAACGGCCAGGACGCCGUCGUCAACGAGCUCAUCGAUCACGGCGCCAACGUCAGCCAACCCAACAACAAAGGUUUCACGCCUCUGCACUUCGCUGCGGCCUCCACCCACGGAGCGCUCUGUCUGGAGUCCCUGGUCAUCAACGGGGCCGACGUUAACGUUCAGAGUCGAGACGGAAAGAGUCCUCUUCACAUGACGGCCGUCCACGGGCGUUUCACCCGCUCCCAGACCCUCAUCCAGAACGGAGGAGAGAUCGACAGCGUGGAUAAGGACGGCAACACCCCGCUUCACGUCGCCGCCCGCUACGGUCACGAGCUCCUCAUCAACACCCUCAUCACAAGCGGAGCCGACUGCACACGUCGAGGAGUCCAUGGGAUGUUUCCUUUACACAUGGCGGCCUUGAACGCUCACUCUGACUGCUGCAGGAAGCUGCUGUCCUCAGGCCGGAGGUUUAGCUUUAUGUGUAACGACUCGGUCCUGUCCGCAGGCUUCCAGAUCGACACCCCGGACCGGCUUGGGAGAACAUGCCUUCAUGCAGCUGCUGCAGGAGGAAAUGUGGACUGUGUCAAACUGCUGCUGAGCAGCGGUGGAGAACACAACCGGAGAGACAAAUGUGGCAGGACUCCCCUUCAUUACGCCGCCGCCAGCCGCCACUUCCAGUGUCUGGAGACGCUGGUGGCGUGCGGCAUUGACAUCAAUGCCACGGAUCAGUGGGGGCGCUCCGCUCUGCAUUACGCCGCCGCCUCAGACCUGGACAGGAGGCGCCGCGUGGCUCUGGAGCCGGAGAGCGAGGGCGUCCAGGCAGAGAGGGAGAAGGAGGCAGCUCUAUGUUUGGAGUUCCUGCUCAAGAGCGGAGCCACGGCGUCGCUGAAGGACAAACAGGGCUACAGUCCGGUCCAUUACGCCGCCGCCUUCGGACACAGGCACUGUCUGGAGCUGCUGCUGAACAGAGAUGACGACCAUCCAGAGGAUCCCGGAUCUCCUCACGCCAGGAGCCCGCUGCACCUCGCCGCGUACCACGGCCACGCCCAGGCUCUGGAGGUGCUGCUGCAGGGGGACGCAGACGUGGAUCAGGCAGAUGAGGCGGGGAGGACCCCUCUGGCCCUGGCCGCCCUGCGGGGCCACACCGACUGCGUUCACACGCUCCUCAGCCAGGGGGCGUCGCCGCACGCCACCGAUCGGCAGUACGGCCGCUCACCUGUGCACCUGGCAGUGAUGAACGGUCAUACCACGUGUGUGCGCCUCCUGCUGGAUGAGUCGGACGGAGCGGAGCUCAUCGACGCUGCGGACUCCCAGGGACAGACUCCUCUGAUGCUGGCGGCGGCUGGCGGUCAUGUGGACGCCGUGUCGCUGCUGCUGGAGAGGGAAGCCAACGUGAACCAGGCGGACAGCCACGGCCUCACGGCGCUGCACCUCGGGCUGCUGUGUGGUCAGGAGGAGUGCAUCCAGUGCCUGCUGGAGCAGGAGGCGUCCGUGCUGCUGGGAGACGCUCGGGGACGCACGGCCAUCCACCUGGCCGCCGCUCGGGGACACGCCUCCUGGCUGAGCGAGCUCCUGAGCAUCGCCUGCUCAGAGUCGCCGUCUCUGCCGCCACUGAUGGACGUCAGCGGGUACACACCUCUGCACUGGGCCUGCUACUACGGCCAUGAAGGGUGUGUGGAGGUCCUGCUGGAGCAGAAAGGCUGCCGCUGCAUCGAUGGGAACCCUUUCACUCCUCUGCAUUGUGCAGCGUUGAACGACCAUGAAGCGUGUGCGUCGCUGCUUCUGGAGGCCAUGGGAUCAGACAUAGCCGGCUGCAGCGAUGCGAAGGGCAGGACUCCUCUCCACGCUGCAGCGUUCAACGGACACGUAGACUGCAUCCAGCUGCUUCUCUCCCAUGAUGCACCUGUAGACACUGUGGACCAGUCGGGCCGUUCGGCGCUGAUGAUGGCGGCAGAGAAAGGCCGGGCCGAAGCUCUCGAUGUGCUGCUGACCGGCGCCAAUGCAGACCUCAGCCUUACGGACAAAGAAGGAAACACGGCGCUGCACCUGGCCUGCAGUAACGGGAAAGAAGACUGUGUGUUGCUGAUCAUAGAGAAGCUGUCCGACGCGACGCUCAUCAAUGCCACAAACGCCGCCCUGCAAACGCCGCUGCACCUGGCGGCGCGUAGCGGCCUGAAGAAGGCGGUCCAGGAGCUGCUGUCCAGAGGAGCCAACGUUCAGACGGUGGAUGAGAACGGUCUGACCCCUGCUCUGGCUUGUGCUCCUAGCAGAGAGGUGGCUGACUGUCUGGCUCUCAUUCUGGCUACCAUGAUGCCUUUCUGCUCCCCUUGCAGCUCCGGAGCUCCCUCCCCAGGCUCCCUGCUGAGGCAGCUGCCUCGCCGGGGGGGUAAAGGCGGGAACGCCGGCCCGCGGGGACCACGCAGCCCCAGGAACCCCUCGGGACCUUCCAGCGAGGGAACUACUGAGAACGACUCAGAAGACUCUGAAACCUUUUGACGGAUCUCUGAUCGGACUCCCGCUUCUUACCUCAGACUUUUUUUUUUGUUUUUUUGGAGAGGGAUGUUUCUGAUUUUAAUGAUGGAGCUCCAAGGGUUUCAGCAACAAACAAUGAAGCAAAUUUUACUAUUAUAUAUUAUUACAAAAAAAUCUAAAAUGAUCUCAGAAUUUAAUUCCUAAUUUAUUCUCUUAUUAAUUUAUAAGAUGUCUCUCUGCUUUUCUACUCAAUCAUACUCGUCUGAAUUUCUUACAAACUAAACUUUUCUGUGGAACGUUGUGGUCGUUUCAUCCUGCAGACUUUGAAGGCGUCACAGAAGUUAAAUAUAAAAAACAAAAAUUAUAUUUUUUUAGAUUUUGUAAAAUCUAAAACUGAGAACAAAUUUCUGGGUUAUAAAUGUAACUACAGUAGCAGCCAUUCAAUUCAGUGAAAGGGUGGAGUCAGAGUGAAAACAUGCCCAGGAGGAAGCCAGUGGCUGGGAGUUGGAGGGGAUUUGUCUGGGAGCUGCAGGGAAGUGGGCCGCCAUUGGACUGGUGUUUGACUGGGAACGGCCAUUUUGAAUGGCUGCUACUGUAAGCAGGAAUCAGUAAAUCCACCUGGAGUUCGGCUGGUUUCCAUUUAUCAUCACGGCUAAAGCUAACCGGUUACUGGUGUGUUUCCACUGGAGGAGCUGAACACUUCUGUUCUAGUUCCAGUCCGCACUCCUCCAUCUUCCCGUUUUACAGCUAGAUCAAUAUGGAGGUUUGUUUAUAUUUCAUUUUCUUUAUUAAUCCAAACUCGGUCGUUUUCCAAUAAAUGUAAUACAACCAGUCAGAGGUAGGCCUCGAACUCCACCAUCUGUUGGAGGUCAUGGGAGGUAGGGGCCAGUAUUGGCAUGGGUGUAGCGAUAUGAUAAAAUCACCGCUAACGUAUAGUAGAACAUAUUCGUUUUGGGUAUAAAUAAUGAUCCAUUGAUCAUUCCCUGCUGACCGGACUUUUCCUUUAAAGUUAGUUCUUGCUUCACGUCUCCAUAGAAGCUGAGAAGACUUAAAUGAUUUUUAAAGAUGAAUGAUUCCCACAGAAUCCUCAGGUAUCGUUUUGUUGCUGGAAAUCAUCUCAGUUAUUUAAUCUGUUCCAGUUUUACCUUUCCAUGGGGACCUUCCCUGACUUUGAAACUGUUCUGUAUUAAUCCAUUAAUUGUUGUUUUACCUCUUAGAUUUAUUACAUUUUAAAAGCAGGAGGAACGUCUGCGGCUGAAGUUUACAUGGACAGUCGGAUUUCAGGCCUAACAGUGGAAACACAAACAACUAACAGACACACAGGGAUCUUUGCUUUGGGAGCAAAUAGUUAAAACGCCUUUUUAUGUGAGCGUGCUGCUCUGAGAGCAAUGAAAUUACUAAUUGAUGCUAAACGUCUAGAAAUGAUAAAAAACAAAACAAUACCAGACAGUAUCAUUAGUGCGUUUGAUCGUUAGGUUGUUUAUUUUUUAUUAGUGUUGGUGAAGAAAACAUUAAACCCUUGGGGCUCCACAUGUUCGCUUUGCGCCUGCAGGCUGUUGACCUUCUCUGUCUCAAAGAUGGAAGUCCAGCAGCUCCUCCUCAUUCUUCCCAGGGCCGACGGCUGCAGCUGACCAAACUGGUGCACAAACGAUAUCCGGACUGGUUCCAGCUCCGGUCCGAUGGACUCCCCGGUUCAGUCCUGAAGCUCCUGGGUGCUUAAAUCCAAACUAAACCUCAGUACUCAACAUCCGCGCAGCAAAGCCAUGCCGCUCUCAGACAUUUUCUGUUAAAAAGCCAUUUUAACUGUUUGUACGCAAAGAUUAUUAGAAAUUCAACUGUAAUUUUAUGCUUUGUUUUUUUAAGAUUGUACCAAAUAUUUGACUUCCAUUCAGAAGAAAAUAACAUGUACUGAAGGGUUACGUGAACAGGUACUUUAUGAAAUGUUUUACCAGCUAAAGCACAAGUUUGGAGUUGGUUGUUUAUUUUGAUGAAAUGUUUUCAGAAUGUGAAUAGCACAGCCUGAGUGAGACGUUUAGAUGUUCACCAGGAGAGAGAAUCUAGCAUGACGGGUACAUCUAUGUUCCAUCGACAGGAAAAGGUCCGACACGUCGUCGGAUGUGUUAGCAUCCCACGCUUAAAAUAACGCGUUGCCGACUCUCACUCUUUCGUAGUGAGACUCAAGCUUUUGCACCAUUGCUCACACUGCACAGACAAAUCUCACUGAAAUUACGCAAAAAACGUGCCUCCUUUAAAACAAACACCUCCCCGUACUCUGCUGUUUUAAAAUUAAAACGAAAUUGAGCUAAUUUUAGUCAGGUACAUGCUAGCUUCUGUGUUUGCAUUAAACGGACGCCAAUGUUUCGACAAAAUUCUUUCUUUAGCAAGAAAGUUCUUCGCUACGUGAAAUAAAACAAGCUAAUGUUAGCUGUCUUUUACGGAAGAGGAUUAGAGCCACUGGGAAAAAAAAACAGUUAACUGAUUUUUUUAUUUUAUUUCAGUUUAGUAUGGGAUUGUUAGUAUUGUCAGAAU